AUGUCAACUCUACCAAGGAGGGUGAAAUCUGAAGCCAAAUCCCUUACAUCAAGAGAUGAUGAACUCCCUUCAUUUCUUAAUUCGAGCUCUGAAUCAGAGGAGGAAGAGGAGGAGUGGGAGCCAAAAAGCAAAAUGGCCAAGAGACCUCGGUUGCCAAAGAAAAAUGAGGCAAAACCUAGAAAGGUUGCUUCUUCACGGUCAGCUGUGGUCAGGAAAAAGGUCAAGCAGGUAGCAAUAAAAGAGGAAAUGGAUGCAUCCUUGCCUAUUCCUCCUGGAGAAGAUAAUAAAAUGUACCUUCUAAAAACUAAGGAAGAAGAUGUAGGCACUAAACCAAAAACUUCAAAUCAAAUGCCAGAAGUGCCUAAAAAAAGAGAAAGAAAUUCAAUCCAACAGAAGAAUGUAAAGAGUUUAGAGAGUGAUGAGAAGCCUUCAACAAGUGUUCUAGUAGUGGGAGAUCAAGUGAAAAAUGAGAAAGCUGAGGAGGAUUUUGCAUUUGAUGAGCCACCUUUUAAAAAAAUUAAGUUGACUAAGUGUCCUGAAGGAAAGCCAGCUAAAAAUCUAGGAGGCAACAAAGUAAAAGAAGAAUUUGAAAUGAACUGGGAUAUUGUACAGGCCUUGUCAGAAAUCACAAGUGUUGAACCUUGGGUGUGCAUAAACUUGAUUCGCCUCUUUAAAGAAGAAAACACAAUCCCCUUUAUUGCUCGCUACCGAAAAGAGCUCAUCAAUAAUCUGGAGGCUGAUGCCUUGAGGGAAGUGCAGCAUACACUGGAAGAGCUACGUACUGUCGCAAAAAAGACGCAUACGACGAUACAGAAGUUGAAGAAAGAAGGAAAAUUAACUGGAUGCCUUUUAACAGCAUUAUUAAAUUGCAGAACUUUGGAAGAAUUAGAUCAUGUGUCUGCAGCUUAUAAAACUGGGAGUAAAGGCACCAAAGCCCAGAGGGCCAAGCAGCUGGGUUUGGAACCUGCUGCACUUGCUCUCCUGCAGAAUCCUAUGGAACUCAAUCUCUUUUCUUACAUUAGACCUAAUAUCAAAGGGCUUUCAACUAUCCAGGAAGUAGAGGCUGGAGUACAGCACAUAUUAGCUGACAUCUUUGCUAAAGACAAAGAUGCACUGGAUUUUAUCAGGAAACUAUGUCAACAAAGGUACAUUUGUAUCCAGUCAGCCUUGGCAAAAGGGUCCUCCAAAAGUGGAAAUGAAAAAGAUAUUGAUAAAUUCCAAUUGUACCAUGAGUUUUCUUGUAAUGUAAAGAACAUUCAGCAUCAUCAGAUUCUGGCCAUUAACCGAGGGGAAAAUCUGAAGAUCCUGACAGUGAAGGUCAACAUUCCUGACGGGGUGAAGAAUGAAUUCUGUUGGUGGUGUGUCAAUGAAAG